AGCAGGAACAUAUAUAUUGACGUUAGAUAUACUGUUCCCAGAUUGUAGAAUGGAUAACCCAGUAGUUUUAUAUUUAAUGCCACAUAAAAUUCAAAAGAAGCGAUAUGAUGACAUGAAAAAAGCUGCAAAAUGUAGAAAAUUUAAUAUAGUGGAUGACUUCAGGCCUGAAGUUACACAUGUAGUUACAGAAUUUGAUACACAAGAACAAGCAGUGAAGCACAUUGGUACAGAGGAAAAUAAUGAAGAAUCACCGGAAUUUUUGAACAUUUCCUGGUUUACAGAAUCUAUAAAGGCAAGAAAACCAGUUGAAAUUCUGGACCGUCAUCGUUUGUUAAGGAAUACACAAGAAGAAGUAGAAGAAAACGAGGAGGCAUCAGAACCUAGAUUUCCAGAGUGGGCAUGUCAGAGAUCGACACCAUUGAAACAUCAAAAUGAUUUUUUGGCUACACAAUUAGAGAUUCUUCAAAAAUAUGCAGAGAUGAAGGAUGAAAACAAUGAUUAUUCCAGAGCACUGGCCUUUCGCAGAGCAUCCUGUGUGGUCAAAAGUUUUCCUGUUACUGUGACAAAUGUUAAUCAACUAAACGGGAUAAACCAUGUUGGUCCACAUAGUAAGAGAGUAAUCGGGGAAUUACUGGAUGGGUAUUGUGAUGAGAUCAGUCGAAUAGUAAAUGAAGAAUGGUUCGAAAAAAUGAAGAUGUUCACCAGUGUUUUUGGAGUUGGACCUUCCACAGCUAAGAAAUGGAUAGAGAGAGGUUGGACAUCAAUUAAAGAUGCACAAGAGAGUACUGAUACAUCUAAAGAUUGGAGGGUACAGUGGGGUCUCGCAUUUCAUGAUGAUUUGAUGAACCCAGUGAAAGCUGAUGAGGCCUAUGGAUUCACAGAAAUUAUCAAAACAGAGGCAGAGAAAAUACUACCUGGAAUAAUAGUACAACUGACCGGAGGCUUCAGAAGGGGGAAACAUCAAGGCCAUGAUGUAGAUAUUUUGUUCACCCAUCCAAAAGGAGAAGAAACUGGAUUUUUACCAAAACUGUUAACAAGACUUGAAAAACUAAACAUGGUUUUAUGUGGCUCUCACGAAUCGUCUACAUUUCAUGAAAAAGUUUUGUCUGAAGACUUUAAAUUAACUGCACGAGGACAAUUAGACCAUUUUGAAAAAUGGUUAGGAAUUUGUAAGCUCCCUAAAGAUUUAGUCUGUGGUAAUGAUACUCAAAAUCCUUUAUCAAAUGGACUGGAAACAUGUAAAGAAGUUAAAGGAGACUUAGACAGUUUAGAUGAUUAUGAGCCUAAAGCAAAAAGACAGAGAAAGUGUCAUGGAGAAAAUUCUCCUUUCACAAUUGCUACGAGUGAGAGAGACUGGAUAGCUCGUCGUGUAGACUUCAUUAUGUCUCCUUACAGUCAAUAUUAUUAUGCUUUGGUUGGAUGGACAGGCAGUAAACAGUUUAAUAGAGACCUCAGAUUGUAUUCUCAAAAGGUAUUAAACAGGAAAUUAACCAGCCAUGGAUUCUAUGACUUUACAACAGGCAAAAAUUUACCAGCAAAUAGUGAAAAGAAAGUUUUUGAUAACUUGAAUCUUCAGUAUCAAGAACCUGAAAACAGAAAUUGUUGACAAGUCAAUGAACAUGUGUAUUUACAGUUCGUACAGAACCAAAAAAGUGCCAUAAAGCCAGUGAAAUAUAAUAAUCACUAAUAACAGAAGUUUAAAAAUUGAAUCUAGCAUAUAAUUACUCAAAUUGAUAACAUACUUAUGAUAAUUUAUUGAAUAUCAAAAUGCAAUACUUUUCUGCCGUUGUUGUUGCAUCCUGAUCACCUUGAGUGUGGGAGAUUGUGGGUCCAAUACUCAGUAUGGUCAGCUCAUUCAGAGUGGCAGUAGAGUACAUUUACAAAGCAGAGUUCAUAUUCAUACACAUUAUCAUGUCACAGUCUUGAAUAUGGCUGACAGAUUUAGCUGCAGAAGUUCAACAAUGUUCAUCUGUUCAAAAUGCAAUGUUAUUGAAAAAGUAAGCAUCAUGGAAUAUUCAUAAGCACCAGCAUAUAUUUUCUUCAGUUUUAUUUUCAUAUAUUUAUGAUUAAUAUUUUAAAUUUUUAUACUUUGAAGACAUUGUAAUACCUCAUAUUUUUAAUAAUUAUCAUAAUUAUGGUCACACAAAAUAUAGUUUUAUGUAAUGUUUUUAUAGUUGUAACAAUUUUUAUAAAUGAUGUGAGGCAAAUGAAUAUGUUUAUAUUUUAAUGUGAAAAGUUAGAAUUGAACAUUGAAUUUUAUAACCAAAAAAUUGUCAAACAAAAUGUAUUAAAAUACUCAACAUGCUUUUUCAACAUAAACAUUAUUUUUUUUCUAUUGGUCAUAUUUUUAACACUAGUAAGAUAUUUUAUACUUAUGACAUUUUAGUCAUCAGGUUCAGGCUCAUUUUAAAAUAUACAUAAAGAUACAAAUGAUUUACAUUGUUGCUACAAAAUUCUUGCUUAUUUGAGAAAUUUGAUCUAGAGCUCGAGAUCACCCACUUUAUUUUCAAUGUGUGUGAUAUGUUUCUCAAUCAUAACAUGAAAAUAUACUCUUUGGUUGGGUUAAAUGGUACUGUUCUGCUUGAUUUAUAAGGAAUGGACAUAGCCAGAAUUCGGCCUUAUGAAGAUAAAUCAGUUUUGAAAUGAAAUUUUCUGAUUUCAGUUGUAAAUCAUGUUAAUGCAUGGUAUGAGUAAUUGUUUGCUUUAGAAAUAAAAUUUAUUUAUUUUGAA